CGAGUUUAGGCUACUGCUUCUACGUGCACUUCGUUCUACGCCUUCUCCUUCCCGUGAUUCUUCCCCCCGUGUUUUGGAUUCAUUUAGUUGAACGGAUUUGUCGGACGGAACGAACACGACAGAAAACACACACCGCAAAAUGCCUUCCAGUGACCCUUUGCCACCGAAGGAAAGUGCCGUGUUCCGGAAGAUACUGAAAUGUUACGAAAUGAAACAAUACAAAAAUGGUCUGAAGCUGGCCAAACAGAUACUCUCCAACCCGAAGUUUACCGAGCAUGGCGAAACACUGGCCAUGAAGGGUUUAACGCUCAACUGCCUCGGACGCAAGGAUGAAGCGUACGAACACGUGCGCCGCGGGCUCCGGAACGAUCUGAAAUCGCACGUCUGCUGGCAUGUGUACGGGCUGCUGCAGCGUUCGGACAAGAAGUACGAUGAAGCGAUCAAGUGCUACCGGAACGCGCUCAAAUGGGAGAAGGACAACAUUCAAAUAUUGCGCGAUCUGUCACUGCUGCAGAUACAGAUGCGCGAUCUGGAGGGUUACCGGGAAACGCGCCACCAGCUGUUCAAGUUGCGACCGUCCCAGCACGCCAGCUGGAUUGGCUUUGCGAUGAGUUACCAUCUGCUCGGAGACUACGAAACCGCGAUGAACAUACUGGAAACGUUCCUUUCGUCACAAACGAUGGACACGUACGACUACAAGCAUAGCGAACUGUUGCUGUACCAGAACAACGUCAUACAGGAGGCCGGUAAUUACGAGCAGGCACUGCAGCAUCUGAAGGACUGCGGCGCCCAGAUACUGGACAAGCUGGCCGUGCAAGAAUCGAUGGGUGCACUGUGCCUUAAGCUUGGACGGCAUGAGGAUGCGGUCUCCAUCUACAAAGAGCUGAUCGAACGAAAUCCGGACAAUACGGAGUACUACCGGAAGCUGAUGGAGGCGCGCAAGCUAACGGAGGUGGAUGAGUUGAUCGAAGCGUACCGUGCGAUGAAGGACGAGUAUCCGCAAUCGUUCUGUGCCCGGCGGCUGCCACUCGAUAUCGCUACCGGGGACACGUUCAAGACGCUGGUGGAUGAGCAUUUGAGAAGGAACCUGCGGAAAGGGGUUCCGCCACUGUUUGUCAACCUGCGCUCGCUGUACCGGGACACGGAGAAGGUGAAAACAAUCGGUGCACUGGUAGAGUGCUAUUAUCAAAAUUUAAUUAGCAGCGGUUACUUCUCUGCGGAAGACGCUGCCAAUCCGGACGUGCGGAAAGAGCCGGCAUCGGCACUGCUCUGGACGAUGUACUACCUCGCUCAACAUUACGAUUGCUUGCGCGAGUCGGAAAAGGCGUUAGACUUUAUUAAUGCCGCCAUCGAACAUACGCCCACGCUGAUCGAACUGUUUGUGACGAAGGGCCGGAUCUACAAGCAUGCGGGCGACGUGCUGGAAGCGGUAAAGUGGCUGGACGAGGCACAGAGUCUUGACACGGCGGAUCGGUACAUCAACUCCAAGUGCGCCAAGUAUAUGCUACGUGCCAAUCAAAUCAAGGAGGCGGAAGAGAUAUGCGCCAAGUUUACCCGCGAAGGUGUAUCGGCGAUGGAAAAUCUCAACGAAAUGCAGUGCAUGUGGUUCCAGACGGAAUGUGCGCUCGCGUACCAGCGGCUGGAAAAGUGGGGCGACGCGUUGAAGAAAUGUCACGAGAUUGAUCGACACUUUGCUGAGAUUAUUGAGGAUCAGUUCGAUUUCCACACGUACUGUAUGCGAAAGAUGACGUUACGCUCUUACGUCGGGCUGCUGCGGCUGGAGGACGUUUUGCGGAGACAUCCGUUCUACUUCAAGGCGGCAAAAUGUGCAAUUGAGGUUUACCUGCGUUUGUUCGAUAAACCUUUGGCCGCCGAGUCUGCCGUCGAAGAAUUAGAUAUAGAAAACUUGCCAGCACCGGAGCUGAAAAAGCUGCGUAACAAGCAGCGGAAGGCUCAGAAGAAGAAGGCCGAACAGGAGAAUGCUCAAUCGAAGGAAAACCAGAAGAAGGAGCAGUAUUGCCGGAAGCAGCUUUACCAGGACGGUGAUCCCGAGGCACCACAGCUGGAUGAGCUAAUACCGGAAAAGCUGGCCCGUCCGGACGAUCCGCUCGAAAAGGCGAUCGAAUUUCUGAAGCCAUUGCAACAGCUGGCCAAAGACAAUAUCGAAACGCAUCUGAUGGCGUUCGAGAUUUAUCUGCGCCGUAACAAGCUGCUGCUGAUGCUACAGUCACUCAAGCGCGCACGACAACUGGACGCCAACAAUGCGAUCUUGCACAGCUGCAUCGUCCGGUUCUAUCGGGCGCUCGAGCAGCGUCUCGUCUCCACGGACAAUCCGGUCGAUCCGAGCGUUCGUAUCGUGAUCGACCGAGAGCGAGAAAAUCUGUUCCACGGUCAUCCGAACGCAAUUGCGCUAAACGAUGCCUAUCUAGCAGCGAACCGCGAUAAUUGCGAAGCUGUGUACGAAGCAGCAAAGAUCAUGUACACGCUGGACGAGAAGCGACGCGAUGAAGCGAUCACCAUCACUUCGUCAGUGUUGCUAAACCAGAAGAUUCCUUUGGAAAAAGCAACAAACCAAUACCUGUUGCUCAAAUCCGGAUACUUUGGUCAGUGCGACAAACAGCUGAAGGCGUUCAAAACGCUUUGCCAGAAACGGUACCCGUUGGCGGUGGUAUUUGCCGAUGUGGCGGCAACCCCUAUCACGACACUGACAACGACUCAGUCGUCCAAUGCGGACAACACCCAGACUACGGUAACGGAUAGUGGUAGCUCUCGGUGCGUAAUGACCAGUGAACAGACGCUCGGCAAACAGGCGCUGGCGGACAAACCUUCACAAAAGCAGAAAAAUGGGCCCGAAAUUAAAGCAAACUAACACUGAUGAUUCAUCCAGCCAUCCG